CAGUACCAAGAUUUAUAAACAAAACAAUACUCUCUUUUCUUAAAGCCAUUUCAUUUAAUUGGAUCAAAUACUAAUCGAAGUAUUCAUCUUAAUUAAAAUGUCUGUAUCUAAUAUCAACAUUGAAUAGAAAGAAUGUAGGUCAAGCGUACACUUCUAUGAUUCAAUAUGUGAAAAUCUAUGCAAUGAUGAAUUUAUAUAUUUAUUUAUUAUAAUUUUCUGUCAUACUCAGUAGAUCAAAAAAUGUUAAUCAGUUGGGUGUUAUCAUUAACAUUUUUUUUUUAAUGUAAUCUUGACGUAAUUAAGAAAUCUAAUUUAUUGCAUACGACAAUCAGUACAUUUAUAGCAAGCUAAGAACAAAGAUGUUUAGAUUAGUAGCAUUAAGUGUUAUAUACUUUUCUAUUGGAAUUUUUAUAUCCAAUGCUCAAGUCGGCAUCAAAGGAGGUCAUUAUCAGUCAUAUCAACAAUCGCCUUAUUCUCAACCUGCCAAUAGAACUGGCUACUGCUAUAAAAGGGUUCCAUAUCACCAUGCCGGAUCUCAAUUUAAUGGAAGUCACGUUGGAGGCGGAUAUAAUCAAGGUGUCAAACAAUCUUGGAAUAAUACUUACUCUAGUGAAUGGAUAACAAUUCUUGACUGUUGUGAUGGCUACAUUAAAAAUCAAAGGACUAAUAGCUGUGAAAUAGCUAAUUGUGACGGGAACUGCUUCGGUGGAAGAUGUAUUGGAGGAAUGUGUACCUGUGAUUCAGGUUGGAUGCUAAUAGAAGGAGUUUGCAGACCCAUAUGUCGUCAACCAUGCGGUCCAAAUGGCUACUGUUUCACACCUGAUGUGUGUGAAUGCAAUCGAGGAUGGGAAAGAUCACCAAUGGGUGAUUGCCGACCUAAUUGUCCAGGUGGUUGUAUCAAUGGUGAUUGUAUUGCACCACAAACAUGUGUGUGUAAACCUGGGUAUACAUUGAAUGAAGUCUCUCAGAAAUGCGUUCCUGAUUGUGAAGAAGAAUGUCGCAAUGGACACUGUAUUGCCCCUGGCGUUUGUCGAUGUAAUUCAGGAUAUUAUGAUCCUGAUGGUUCAUCUAAAAGAUGUCUGCCCUACUGUGGUCCAAAGAAUUGUGGUAAUCAUGGAGAAUGUGAAUCACCAGGAGUUUGCAGAUGUCGACCAGGCUACUAUAUGAAUUCUUACUCAGAUGUUUGCGAAGCACCAGAACCAGGAAUCAACCAGUCACCAAACCCUGGUUGUGAUCGUCCUUGUAUCAACGGCGUUUGUAUGGGAUAUAACGUAUGUAGCUGUAACGAUGGUUAUUUACCAGAUCCAAAUGAUCCCACAAGAACCCGAUGUAUAUCCGGAUGUCCUGGUGGUUGUCCUAAUGGAGUUUGUUCAGGUCCUAAUUUGUGUUUAUGUAAACCGGGAUAUGUCAAAGAUCGCAGUGUCAAAGGUAGCCAACGGUGCGUUCCAAAAAAUAAUUACUGAUGCGGAGAAUUAAUAUUAGUAGUUAAUUAAUAGGAUUGAUAUUAAAAUUAAUUAUUAUUGUAAAAAGAAUCAGGAUUAUCUGAAAGAGAUAUUUAUUCUGCAUGAUCAAUUUAUAUAUACAACAAAGUGAAAUUUAAAAAAUAGAUGAGAUGAUAAUUUUAAUCAAGUGAUAUUAUUAGCUCUCAUCUAAUUAAGAGUGGUUUUAAAUUGGAUUUACAAAUUACAAAUUACGGAUGAAUAGAAUAAAAAUCAAUACGUCAUUAAGUUAUAAAUAAUUAUCUAUAUAAAUAUUUUAUGCUUUAUUAUUUUAAUAAAAUUUCAUUAAUAAU